AUGGCCAUGAAAAGGACACUCCUGCAGGUCUUCCUCCUCCUCUCAUGGUUGGAUGAGGGUCAGUCUGGUCCCCGCUGCAGUCCCCAGGAUUGGCUGAUGGAAACCUUCUCACAAUUUGGUGACAUUCUAAUUGGGGCAAUUUUUGUCAUUCAUUCCGGAUUUAUCUUUCAUCCACCAAACUUCCAGGAGGCGCCGAAGCCAAUCUCUUGCACGGGGUUUCACAUUCGUUACUAUCGGGAUGUUCUGGGCCUCAUGUUAGCAGUAGAUGAAAUUAAUGAUUCUCCGGAGCUGCUGCCUAAUAUCACUCUUGGCUUUAGCCUGCUGGAUUCCUGUAUGUCAGAGCUCCAGGCAGUGGGAGGAGUUCUGUCCCUGUUGUCAGGACUUGGAAACCCCUUUCCUGGAUAUGAUUGUCAUACAUCAUCUGUCAUGGUUGGGAUUGUAGGUGAUCAGCUUUCUGCCCUUUCUAUACCCAUUGCUCGAAUACUCGGUGCCCUCCAUUACCCGCAGAUCAGUCAUGGGGCGACCCUUGCAGCUCUGAGCAAUAAAAUACAAUUCCCAUCAUUUUUCCGCACCAUGCCCAGCAACCUCUUUCAGAACAUUGCUCUCAUCCAGCUGAUUGGGCGUUUUAGUUGGACUUGGGUCGGGAUGUUGGUGGUGGACAAUGAUGCCGGGCAGCAGGGGGCCCAGGUUAUACGAGCUGGGAUAGAGAGAAAUGGAGGUUGUAUUGCUUUCCAGGAGAAAAUCCACCUGAGUUAUUCGACCAGACAGAUCAGGAGAGUGGUGGAUGUUAUUAAAGGAAGCUCCAUCAAUGUGAUCAUUCUCCACAGCCCGGAGGUCCAUGUGACGGCCCUGCUAGAUGCCAUGUUUGAUGACGGGCUCACCGGGAAAACGUUCAUCUCUUCAGCUUCCUUUAUAAUCACCCCCGGACUCUUCUCCAAGAAAGCCUGGAAGGUCUUAAAUGGCACAAUUGGACUGGUUCCCGGGUCUGCCCACAUGCCAGGGUUUGAGGAGUUCCUUCUAAACCUUCAUCCAAAUGCCAGCUCUAUGUACCCAUUUAUUAGGCUGUUCUGGGAGAAAGCUUUCAGCUGCCACUGGCCUGAUGGAGAUGCUGAGGGGUCAGUCGCUCCCAUUAUAAAAGAACAUGUGACCUGCUCCGGGAAAGAAGAGCUCGGAGGUGAGAUUGCUCAGUUAUUUGAGACAAAUGAUCUCACUUUGACUUAUCAUGCGUACCUGGCGGUAUAUGCCUACGCACACGCUCUGCAUUCACUGCUCGGCUGUCCAACCAUAUCGGAAGGUUAUUUCAGUCACGCAGUGUGCGCCGAUAUCAAUGAGGCUCAACCCCGGAAGGUGCUGGGGAGGAUUGACCCUGAGGCCAGACUGGGGGAGAAGAUCGGCCUGAACAUUAGCGCCAUCCUGUGGAAUCAUCACUUUGUACAGGUCCCAGUCUCCGUCUGCAGUAACAGCUGUCGGCCCGGGUACAGGAAAGCCCCUCUACAAGGAAGACCCAUCUGCUGCUAUGACUGCGUGCCCUGCUCUGAGGGAGAGAUGUCCAAUCGCACAGGUGCUGCUGAGUGUGCCAGAUGUCCCUCCGAUCAGUGGUCCAAUGAGGAGAGAGACAGAUGUGUCCUGAAGGUGAUAGAGUUCCUCUCAUACAAUGAACCAUUGGGAAUCGUGUUGGUGAUAAUGGUUUUCAUGUUGUCUGUCCUGACUGUAUGCAUCUUAAUCAUCUUCAUUAAAUAUCAGGACACGCCCAUCAUCAAAGCCACCAAUAGGGAGCUGAGCUACAUCCUCUUGGUGUCUCUCGUUCUCUGCUUCCUCUGCUGCCUGGUGUUCAUUGGUCAACCGUCCAAAUUCAGUUGUCUCCUGAGACAAACCUUCUUCAGUGUGGCCUUCUCCAUCAGCAUCUCCUCAGUCCUGGCCAAGACUAUCAUGGUGAUCCUCGCCUUUAAAGCCACCAGGAUGAACAGUCCAUUGAGGAAAUGGCUCGGUCCCGCCAUCCCUCGCAAUGUUGUAGCACUUUGUUUAGUUGUUCAGAUGUGUAUUUGUUCCCUAUGGCUUCACAGGUCCCCUCCAUUCCCAACACUGAACACGCAGAACUAUAAGAUCACAUUUGAGUGUAAUGAAGGACAGAAAGUAUUCUUCUACAUGUCUCUGGGGUUCAUGGGCUCUCUGGCCAUGGUGAGUUUCCUGGUGGCCUUCCUGGCGAGGAACCUCCCGGGAAGCUUCAACGAGGCCAAACUGAUCACCUUCAGCAUGCUGGUCUUCUGCUGCGUCUGGAUCUCCUUCAUCAAGGCCUAUCUGAGCACCAGUGGAAAAUACACUGUGGCUGUUCAGAUAUUCGCUAUCCUGGCCUCCAGUGCAGGACUGCUGAGCUGUAUAUUCCUGCCGAAAUGUUAUAUUAUCCUGCUGAGACCAGAGAGGAACCAUCGAGAGUUCUUAUCAGGAAGUAGAAGGAGAAUGGAUUUGGUGAAAUAA